AAUAGGCCCAUCAAGUCAGUUCCAUCAAACUGAACAAUAGAAUCCAGCCACACUGCCGCUUAGGUGUAUCAGAAAGAAGUUGGAGUCGCCGAACUGAAACCUCACCGGUAAACACUGUCGGAAGCCGCCACAAACUGCGACAAGGCCUUUCAGGGUUUGUUGUGAUUAAGAGAUAAGAGAAGAUGAAGCAGGUAGUAGGAAUGGUGGUUUCGAAUAAGAUGCAGAAAUCGGUUGUGGUGGCGGUGGAUAGACUUUUUCAUCACACAGUGUUCAACAGAUAUGUUAAGCGCACUUCGAAGUUCAUGGCUCAUGAUGAGAAUAAUCUUUGUAAUAUCGGUGACCGGGUUCGAUUGGAUUCUUCUAGGCCUUUAAGCAAGCGUAAACAUUGGGUGGUUGCUGAAAUUCUCAAGAAAGCACGCAUAUAUGUUCCUCCUUCUGCACCGGUGUCUGAGAAAGUGAGCUCCGGAGGACCAACAUCUACAUCCUGAAAUGGUUGAAGGAGGAAUUUUAAUGUGGCAUGUUCCAAGGUUGAUUAGCUUGUUUGUUGAUGGGUUAGAACUUAGAAUCAGUCUUCUGCAAUUUCACGUUACUUGAAGUCUUGUUAGACGUCGAGAUGCUAUGAUGUUGAUCUUUAUUGCCAUAUGUGCAAAUGAAUUAUAGUGUAGGAUGAUUACAAAAUGGUUUGUGUGUCUGUUGAUUUCUGACUUUCAUAAUAAUUGAUAAGAUGUUUACA